AACUAAGAGUUGAAUGACGCAAACGCAACCGCAUUGCUCUGGCUCCAACCUCAAUAGUCUCAAACCCAUCGAAUAGCAAAAGAAGCCCAUAAACCCUAGACCAACCUCAACCUCGCCUCGCUGACACGUGUCACUGCCCAAACCCUCGCCAUAGAUUUCUUAUUUAUUUUCCUUUUUAAGCUGAAUCCCCGGCUCCAAGCCACUCCAUCUCUUCCUCUUUCUCUGGUUCAAUUUUUCAACUCUUCUUCUAUGGAGAAGAUUUAGAGUGAUUAAAAUAACAGAGCUUUUUUUUUUCUUUCUUUCUUCUUUAAUUAUAAGAGGAAGAGAGAUUCUGGGUAGCAAUGGAACAGAGCUGUGACGGUCCUGUCACUGCGGAAGAGAUUGAGGUCGCCAAUAUAUUGUUGGAGCUGCCCCAUCUAAUCUUCGAAUACGAGUCACGCCCUCGCUUUUCUUUCACAUGGGGGGCCAAGAGGAAGAGAUCUAAUGCUUCAAAACCAGAGGUAGCCGCCACAUCUUUGCCGGCUCUGAAACUAUCCCCAUCACAACCACCGUCACUUCCCUCUAACAUCGUUGGUUCUACCUAUGAGACUGAGGCACUGAUGAAAAAGGCCUUGACUUCAAGUCCUGCUACACCUCUUUCCUUCUCUCCAAGUGAAUCUGAUGAGAAGCCUCUGCCUUCCAAGAAAAAAGCCUCUGUUAAUAGUCUUAAACAGACGAAAGAACAAUUGCUAGAGAUGAUGGAGGAUUUUACUCGGCGCAAUGAAUUACUGAAAAAGGAUAUAGAGAAUAAGAGGCUGUUUCUCAACCAGCAGAAAGCUGAAAACUUGGAGUUGAAAGCAAAGAAACAAAAAGCAUUUCUUUUUAAUGAGUUAAGUCAGAGUCCUCCCAAAGCAGAAGAGUCACGUUUGGAAACAAGUAAAAGCUUGAAUUUUGAGACACAAUUAACCCAAAUUUCCGUGGAGACUCAAAACACUACUCCUCAGGAUCAUCAUCAUUAUCAUCGUCAGCAGCAAAUUUCUACCAGGGUUUAUCAACAACCGUUCAUAAUGGACCAAAUGGUUUGCAAAUCGAAAAUGAACAAGAAUCCUCAAUACCCAUAUGCUCGAAUGAUUUCCUGGUUACCAUCAAACACUGGAGGAUUAAGCAGGGUUCAUGAUAAUGUGGGCCCACUUGGUCUUCUUGAUCUCAACUUUUCCGUGGAGGAAGCUUUCGGGUUUAGCUCUUCAAAAUCGACUGAUCUGGAUACAGUAACUAAGGCUAGAGCUGCACAAGCAAGGUUAAAAGGAAGCAGAUUUGCAGGUCUAAGAAUUUCAAUGCUGCGUGUAAAUCUCGUUACCCUUUUAGAUGAUUUUUGGCUUUUCUCUUCGGAUUUUGUUUUGUUUUCUUUUCUUUUUACCGCGGAAUUAACGUAGGCUAUCAAAUAGGGGUAUGAAAAUUGUAAAUUAGAAUAGUUUGGGAUGAGGUUUUUCCGGAAAUUAGUCUUAUAAUAUUCAUAAAUGCUUGAUUAUCUUUAAUGAUUAUUCAAAACAAGAUUUUUUACUUUGUGAGCAAUCUUUUAGCUUUUUGUGUAAAGGCCAAAGGGACCCGAAAGAAUCUAAAUUCCUUAAUUGGGGAAAGGUGAUAGUGAUUUCAGGAACGUGGGAUUUGCUAAGCCUGUGAAAGAUCACAUUUAGCA